CUUCUCUUCUCAGUCAGAUCUCCCUCCUCCCUGGCUCCCUCCUCUUGAUUCCCUACCAUUGUAAUUAUGCGCUUCUUCUUGUUGUUGUUCUUGUGGUUGCUCGCCCUCGCCGGGCUGGCGGUGGCGACGGAGUCUGGCAGCGCCUACGAAGUGCUCCGAUCCCAUGGGCUGCCCAUCGGGCUCCUGCCCAAGGGCGUGCGGGACUUCGCCGUCGACGACGACGGGCGGUUCGAGGCGCAGCUGGAGGCUCCGUGCGUCGCCAAGUUCGAGAGCGAGAUGCGGUACAACGCUAGCGUCGCCGGUACCAUCUCGUCCGGCCAGAUCGCCGGCCUCAGCGGCGUCGCCGCCCAGGACCUCUUCCUGUGGUUCCCCGUCCGCGCCAUCCGCCUCGACAACCAGACCUCCGGAAUCAUCCACUUCGACGUCGGCGUCGUCGACAAGCGCUUCCCCCUCUCCCUCUUCGAGUCCCCUCCGGACUGCUCCCCCGACUCCUCUCAGAUCCAAUCGGGCAAGCGAAGCUACCAACUCGAAGACCAAGACGCCUCCAUCUGAAACCACCGCGGCCGGCGUUUGUCAGUAAUGGUCCGGUGUAGCUUGGCUUUGGCUUGAUUAUAUAUGCCCUCUUCUUUGUUUGCAGCAAACCCAUCACCUCUGCUGCAAUUCGAGCUUAAACGACUGAUGAUUUCCCCUCUUUUCAGUAGAAGUAUGAUGGUGAUGAUGCACUCACCCAAUGUGCAGGCACAAUUCGCUGAAGAGCGGAUUGGAGAGCAUCCGUUGUUGGUAAGAGAUUCCAGAGUGUUUGUCUUUCCAACCAGUGGAGUAUACUACUGAUGUUUAUACCAGUUGCUACUUCCUAGUCGCGAUCGUAACUAUCGAAUUUGUCGGUAGAUGUAAACGGUGGAUAGCCUGGGGCUUCAUCCACAUCAAAUGUGUUCCCUAUAGCUUGUUGUGUUUAUGAGUGGUAAAUGAAUUGAGUCUUUCUGCAAAUGCCGGGACCAUCUGCUUGUAUGUAGUCAAACUCUAGGAAAUUGUUGGAUCUUGAGUAAAUAUAUAUUCUAAUUGAUUGCAA